AAGUGUUGUCUGUUACAAACAUGCGUCUGGUUGAUUGUGAACAACGACAAAUCAACGAAAAGUGAGAGAAUAAAAAAACACAACUUCAAACACAGAGGGCAGAGACAUGGACAGUGAUUCAAGUGGUGUUUGUCUGAAACACAAACAUUCCAGAUCAAGGUAUGACUCCGAUGAGGACAGAAGACACAAGAAGAAGAAAAAACAUAGAUCACGUUCACCGAGAGAAAGGAAAAAAUAUAGAGGUAGUUCAGAUUCAGAUGACAGUUACUCCAGGGAGCGGUCACGUUCUUCAAAAGACAAGAAGAAAAGAAGACACAGAACUUCUGAUUCAGAUGAUAGCAAUUCUAGAGAUAGGUCACAGUCAUCAGGUAGUAAAAAGAAGAAGAAGAAAAAGCGACAGCAGAGUUCUGAUUCCUCUCCAGACUCUGAUGACAGCAGGGAUCAAGGAAGAACUUCAGGCAAUGUGGAGAAACAGAAAGAUGAAGCAAGGCUUAGAAAAAGUUACUUGAAGGCAGUGGAGGCUCCGGAAGAGAAGCGUGCCAGAAGACUCGCUAAAAAGGAGAAUAAAGAGAGAAGAAGGAGAGAGAAAAUGGGCUGGGAUAAGGAGUAUAUGGGAUAUACGAAUGGUGACAAUCCAUUUGGAGAUGAGCACCUCACAGAGACCUUCGUGUGGAGUAAGAAGAUCUCAAAGGAGGGGAAUGAAUCGCUCGACAGAAACGAGAUACACCAGAUGACGAAGAAGAAGAUGGAGGAGACCAGGCUGGAACUGGAGAAGGUGAAAAAGCGUCGCCUGGAGCGAGAACGGGAACGAGAAGAGAGGGAUAAUGAAAGGGAGAUGUUACAGAGAGAUAAGGAGGCGGAGUAUUAUCGCGAGUGGGAGAAAUCAGAAGAUACAUUUCAUUUACAACAAGCAAAGCUGAGAUCUGAGAUUCGUAUCCAGGAUGGUCGGGCCAAGCCUAUCGACCUGCUUGCCAAGUACAUCAGCGCUGAAGAUGAUGAACUGGCCAUCGAGAUGCAUGAACCUUACACAUACCUUUAUGGCCUCACCAUAACUGACCUUGAGGACCUGUUAGAGGAUAUCAAAGUUUACCUGGAGCUAGAGCAGGGCAAGAACACGGAGUAUUGGAGGGACAUUGUCACUGUCACGGAGGAUGAACUGCAGAAACUCAGGAAGCUUGAAAAUGCAAGAGAUUUCAGUAAUCGCCGUCAGGGCAUCAACGAGGCAGUAAACGAAGAAGUGGUCUCUGUGUUCAAGGGCAAGUCCACGAAGCAACUACUGCUGCUGGAGGAUCAGAUGAAGAAGAAACUCCAGGGAGGGGAGGGAGUUGACGUUGGGUAUUGGGAGUCCCUGCUGCAGCAGUUGAAGGCCCACAUGGCCAAGACACGACUACGGGAGAGACAUCAGGAAGUGCUACGCAGAAAACUGUUUAAACUGAAACAGGAGCAAGGAAUUGAGUCCAGUGGCCUAUUCCCGGCGGGAAUGAAAAGGGAGGGAACUCCUAACUCAGGGAGGGCAACUCCAACUUCAGGCAGGGGAACUCCCACGAAGAGAAGGGAGGCAACUGAGGGAAGUGUAGCUGAAUCAGGGGAGACUACUGGAACAGCUGGAGUUGACUCAGGGGAUGAAGCUGAGGUGAAAAAGGAGAAUGAAGAGCCUGAGGCUGGACCUUCAGGACAAGCAGAUGGAGAGGAAGACUCUGAAGAUGAACCUAUACUAACAGAAGAAGACUUGAUAGAGGAUCAGUCAGUAUUGGAUUACAGAGCGGGAAGUUACAGUCCUGUGCUGAUCAGGCCCGCCGAUAUUGAUGACCUGGAAGCUGUUAUCUAUGACCCGACUGAUGACAUGAAGAAACUGGCUCUAGCUAGAAUUCAAGUCAGGUCUACUGGUAGAGUUCGGUUGGACCAGGAGACUGAGAUGAUAGAGAAAGCCAAGGAGGGAAUGGACGAUGAGGAGGCCCAGUUUUCGGUGCAACAUGAGCUGGAGAAACAGUCAUUCCUGUGGUCCGAUAAAUAUCGCCCCCGCAAACCACGAUUCUUCAACAGAGUGCAUACAGGAUUUGAAUGGAACAAGUAUAACCAGACCCAUUACGACAUUGAUAACCCUCCACCUAAGAUAGUACAGGGCUACAAGUUCAAUAUCUUCUAUCCUGAUCUGAUUGACAAGUCUAGAACACCAGAAUACACAGUGACCCCUAUACCUGAGAAUCCAGACUUUGCCAUCCUUAGAUUCCAUGCUGGGCCACCGUAUGAGGAUAUUGCGUUCAAGGUCGUCAACAAGGAAUGGGAACACUCUUACAAGCGGAGUUUUCGUUGUCAGUUUGCGAACAACAUCAUGCAGCUCUGGUUCCACUUCAAAAGGGAGCGCUACCGAAGAUAGUGUCGGCUCAUAUAGUAUCAUGUGUAUAUACAUCUUGUUUUAAUGGAGAACAGUGCUAGUUGAGUGGAGCAAUGUUGAACUGAAAUAUGGCUUACAGAUUGAUUCAUGCUUGUUUUAUAGCUACAUUCCUGUAUUUGUCAAAAUUGUAAAUAUCUUGAGACUCUGUACAUAGGUCUUGAGAAACCAAUCCACCUUUGUGAAAUGGGGUCAUGGAUAAGCAUACAUCUGUCAUAAGAAUAAGAGAAAUAAUUACAAUAAAAAAUAUGCUGAAGUAUUGCCUCUUUCUGCAGGCUCCACGCAGUGCUGGCAACAAUGAAAUUGUUAGUUAUAUCGAACUGUUCUCUAAUCCAAAAAGUUAAUAGAAAAUCAGGUAGCAAUUAUCUUAUGUACUUCCUCAAUAAAAAUGUAAAAGGAAGUUUUAUAGAAAAUACAAAUGGGGCAGAAAAUGUUUGUUUAACGGUGCAGGAUAUUGGAAUAAUAUCCGCCUGUUAUGUUAUUGUAUGUAUUGAGACUUCACUUCCAGCUUUGUGAAAUGUUAGAUGCAUGGUGUCAUAAGAUUGUGUUCAUUGUGAAUAAACUACAUCAUUCAUCUC